AUGUUUUCCACAAAGGCAAGCUCACUACGAGCCCUAUCUCGAGCACCGUGCCAGGUUAGAUGUCCAACAGCGAGACUGUAUGCGACGGACCAUGAUCAGCGCACGAAGGAAACGCUAAAAACUUCCUCGCGGUUGACGUGGCUCACCACAACCGCCGCCAUCGGCGCCGCAGUCCUCUACUACACCACCACUACCAACUCCUCUGCUUCAAACCCUCCAUCCUCUCGGUCUUCCCUGUCCCCCUCAAAUCCUCCUAGUGCCACCCGACCAGGGCACCGUCACGAAGCUGCUUACGCCUCUGACGUACCCAAGCCCGUUGAAGACCGUCAUGGCGAUACUGUCGAGAAACACAGCAUCGCUGCGCACAAGAACCAGAACAAAGUCCGCGAGGGCAAGUUCUCGGGCAAGGAGUUUGACAACCAUGUGCAGGAACAUUCGCCGGGGAAGCCUGGAGGUGAUUUCGAGAAGCGUUAG